UGUUCACUUGCGCCAAGUUUAGCGGCGAUAUCUUCAAGAGUCAAUUCUGAGACCAAACACACCAUUUAAACUCUCUCUCUUUCUCACCCUCUCACGCACAUUUCUCGAAUUACACUUCUCUCUCUCUCUCUCUCUCUCUCUCUCUCUCUCUCAAUUUCUCUGGCUCUCUGAGAUCUUUAACAAUGGCUCAAGUAGUGGCCACACGAUCGAUUCACAGUUCAUUUGCGUGCCCUAGCUCUGGAUCUCUUCAACACCUAGUGGAAAAGAUCAAGCCUUGUGGUUUCGCUUCCAAAGUGCUGGCUCACAAGGAAGGAAAGAGCCACAAAGCUAUUCGCAUUACUGCUCCGAUCACUGCCAAGAAAUCCGCACGUUCGGAGCUCGAAGUUCUUCCGGUGUCGCCCGAAGAUGUGCCAAAGACAGGAGAGCAAAUUCAGCAUUUGCGUGGGAUUCAAGAUCUUGGUGACAACACAUCAGUUGGUAUUUGGUCUAAGCCUACAGUUAGACGUAAGACUAAGAUUGUUUGCACAAUUGGUCCUUCCACCAACACUCGGGAAAUGAUAUGGAAGCUGGCUGAGGCCGGAAUGAACGUCGCUAGAAUGAACAUGUCCCAUGGAGACCAUGCAUCUCAUCAGAAAGUUAUUGAUCUGGUUAAGGAAUAUAAUGCCCAGUCCAAGGACAACGUCAUUGCAAUCAUGCUUGACACCAAGGGACCUGAGGUUAGGAGUGGUGACUUGCCCCAACCAAUCAAUUUGGUUAGUGGCCAGGAAUUCACUUUCACAAUUCGUAGAGGGGUUGGCACAGCAGACUGUGUCAGCGUCAAUUAUGAUGAUUUUGUAAAUGAUGUAGAAGUGGGGGAUAUGCUCCUUGUUGAUGGUGGUAUGAUGUCAUUAACAGUGAAGUCCAAAACUGAAGAUUCAGUGACAUGUGAAGUUGUUGAUGGAGGAGAGCUCAAAUCUAGACGACAUCUGAAUGUUCGAGGAAAAAGUGCUACGCUGCCAUCCAUCACUGAAAAAGACUGGGAUGAUAUCAAGUUUGGAGUGAUUAAUAAAGUAGACUUUUAUGCUGUUUCCUUUGUCAAAGAUGCAGCAGUGGUCCAUGAAUUGAAGAAUUAUCUGAAAAGUUGUGAUGCAGAUAUACAUGUCAUUGUGAAAAUUGAAAGUGCAGACUCUAUACCCAAUUUACAUUCAAUCAUAACUGCAUCUGAUGGGGCAAUGGUUGCCAGAGGAGAUCUUGGAGCAGAGCUGCCAAUUGAAGAGGUUCCACUGUUGCAGGAAGAGAUUAUCAGGAUUUGUCGUAGUAUGGGGAAAGCUGUAAUUGUGGCAACAAAUAUGCUGGAAAGCAUGAUUGUUCAUCCGACACCUACCCGAGCAGAGGUUUCAGACAUUGCCAUUGCUGUUAGAGAGGGUGCUGAUGCAGUUAUGCUUUCUGGAGAAACUGCUCAUGGAAAGUUCCCUCUGAAAGCUGUCAAGGUCAUGCACACAGUUUCGUUACGGACUGAAGCAACCAUUGUUGGUGGGGAAACACCGCCCAAUCUUGGCCAAGCCUUCAAGAAUCAUAUGAGUGAAAUGUUUGCAUUCCAUGCAACAAUGAUGUCUAACACUCUUGGAACUUCAACCGUUGUCUUCACCAGGACUGGUUUCAUGGCCAUCUUAUUGAGCCAUUAUCGACCUUCUGGCACUAUAUUUGCCUUCACAAAUGAGAAGAGAAUACAACAGAGACUGGCUUUGUACCAAGGAGUUUGCCCCAUAUAUAUGGAGUUCUCAGAUGACGCUGAGCAGACCUUUGCAAAUGCAUUGUCUUUGUUGCAGAAGCAAGGGAUGGUGAGGGAAGGAGAAGACGUAGCUCUUGUUCAGAGUGGCAGACAGCCCAUCUGGCGGUUCCAAUCCACUCACAAUAUCCAGGUCAGGAGAGUUUAGAUGGGAACUGAGAUUGGAGUUCCCAUGAGUAAGGCCCUUGCCUCACCCUUCUGUUAGAUUGGAUGUGGAUUGCUUAAUGGUUGAGGAUUUAAGUGGGCAUGAACUUGCUUGGUGGGGCGACACCCUCGGUUUUAUUUUCGUUUAUUUCAAUCCUGUCAUUCAUCCGUCUUUUGGUUUUUUUUGCUCUUGUCCUUUGGUUUUCAGCUUUUAUUCUAUUUCUUUGGAGUUUGUAGUGAUCUUAGCGGUGGAAUGAAGGACUAUUAUACCGGUUGGUAACACUUGUUUUUAAAUAUUUUAAUUUAGAUUAAAGAAAACAACUUUGUCAAAGAAACAAAUGUAUGAUGUAGAACUAUUCACAAGACUAUAUGCAUCUUGUUAUGUGGAACUAAGUUAUUAUGGUGUACUUGUUGUAUCUAUA